UCCCCCCUCCCAGCACCAUCCCCACCCGUUUCGUCCCACCACUCUCCAUCUCCCCAUUCGCUGCACCCCAAUAACGUCUCCCUCCCCCUUGCUGGCUCAGGUCCAAGCCCAAGGUCGCCCUUCCCACCCUUCCAGGAAGCCCCCAGGAACGUGAGGUGCAGGAUCCCGGCCUUACACCUGCUCUCCGUACCCCCCUUCUCAGACCAGGGCCCAGCCAUGCUGCUGCCCGCCAUCCCCAGCAUCAUCUCCUCCAGCAGACAAAAGCGCUCAGUGAGCCAACAGCGUUCCCGCUCUGCAUUUCUGCUCCAUGUCACCAUUCCACAUCCCUGCUCCCCGCAGUGGGGUUUUGCCCCCGACCCCAUUCUCCGCCAGCCCUUCUGUACUCUGGCCGUUUCCCAAGCUGGCAGCAGCUGUGUGACGGCGCUGGGAGAAGAGUGUUUAUCUUCUCCCUGCAAAACGUGGUUAAGCUGUUAUGCUUUCCUUUGGGGAGGGCUGAGCAACAGAACCGCGCAACUCUCACGUGACACGAGACAAGGCUGCAACUGCAUUUCUUCCCCGGAGUAAUUCCGUAAUUAAUUGAUCGUGACACAAAAUCUGUUACACUGAAUAGGGCUGGUUUUGUUUUGCUUUUCCCACUCUUUUUUUCUUCUACAAUACAUGUUUUUUCAGCUGAUGAGGAGCGCAAAGCGGGGCUUUCAGCCAACUGCAGGCAAACCUUGUUUAGCGAGGCAGCACUUAGCGAAGCUGCACAGCGUUUUCCCAGCCUUGCAGAUACUCUCAGUGUAGUUUUUGCAAGAUGCAAGUGUGAUCACAAUUCCCAUUCCAGCAGAACUCUCACCCAGACUCCUCAUCCAACUGCAGCAUCUCCGUUUUGCUCACAUUUCUUUGCCUUCUCCCUUCCUUUCUUCUCAACCUGAAGUUGUAAAGGUUAUUUUCUUGCUGCUGGGAAGGCAGACGUGCUGGGUGUUUGCUUCUGAUUGCAAAGUGAAGCACAGAUGGAUGUCACCUGCUGGCUCACAGAUGGAUGUCAUCUGAUGGUUAUUCUGGGAUGACUUUCUGGAGCUCCAUGGAAAGGUUUCCACAUCUGGUCCUUAAAAUUUGGAAAUAGUAAAUCUCCUUUCUCAGGAGAGAAAGGACAAUGAAGAUAUGCCUGGGUUUGCCAUGGGCCACCAGCAGGUGGUCAGAUGGGAGCCAUUUGCCACUUCUGGGUCAUCAGGUCUGUCUGAGCUUCGUACUUUGCUGAAGAAGAUGAAUAAUGUUUGCAUCCUGCUGCUCUUCCAUGCCUGAACGUGGAGCAAAGGCCUGAAAACCACCAGGGACUGUUGAUUAGUCUGCUGUUCGUGCUCACUCCUUUCAUUUCCUGAGAGAAAAAGGGGCUGGGGACCAAGGCUUGACCUCAUGGAAACCCCUCUAUCAGAGCCAGGUGUCCCCAGCACUGUGACAAGGGCAAGAGCUGAAGUCCACGAGCAGCAUAUUUAAGAAAAUACAUUUUUAAGCACCACCCCCUGUCAUUACUGUUCAACUUGCCUUAAAACCUGCUUGCUUUCCUCACAUUCUUUGGCUUGGAUGAAAAAGUGGCGAAGGAUUGCCAGGUCUUCUCAUGCAUUUCCCAUUUUGUCUUCCAGCGGAAUCGAAUCCCUCUCUGCAGAUGAGCACGAAUUGGAGACCUCUUGUGAGGAGAGCACAGGCUGUGCGGAGGAGCUGCCAGCAGGAGAGGGCAGCUCCGGCAGUGGCUCUGGCAGCCCCAGCAGCAGCUCCAGCAGCAGCUCAGAAGAUGACUCAGAUACAGAGGAGUCGGACACAAGGCAGUCAGAUGAAGAGCAAGAAAAGAAAGAAUCGCAGCCAGUUUGCAGUGAAUCAGAUGGAGCGGACUGUCUGCCCCACUGUGAGCACUGCAGAAAGGAAAAUGCCCAGAGGGAGCAAGUGACCCCUAGGAAGCUUUCUGGAGGACAAUAUUUGAUGAAGCUGGAUGCAGAAGGCACAUACGAGUGCAGUGUCACCGGUCUGAUUUUUGAGGUGAACAAGGCGGUCACCAUCAACUACUCCCUGCUGUCCUGGAGCAAAUACGCCGGGCUGGUAAAGGCGCCGUGGGUGGUGGGCGGCCCGCUGUUCGACGUGCGCUGCGAGGCGCCCUCCGCCCUCACCUCCAUCGCCUUCCCGCACUCCCUCUGCCUCGGCGAUGGUGGCUCCCAGCCGGCCUUCAAGGUGCUGCACAUCAAGGGUGCAGGUGCGGCCAUGGAGCCGUCCACGGACUUCUCGGCCUCACACGUGCGGUGGCUGGUCAGCUCGCUGUCCCCCGUCGGGCCGCUCAUCCGCAGUGAGGAGCCCCUGCUGUACCACGGAGCUGUCAUCCUCUACAAGGCCAUCGAUGACGACCCCUCCUUGCUGUUCCGGGUCUACGUGGCGACGAACAACGACUCCUUCAUCAAGGAUAUAUCAAGAGCAGUAAAACAUUCCAAAAAGAAAUUCAUUAAAAUUGACAAGCCCCCUGUGUGCCAGAAAUUAUUACAGAACGGAAAGAGAUACAGAUUAAUUUGUGAACCAGAAGCUGAAAUAACUCCAGAGGAAAUUGAAUUUGUUGAUGGAUCUCUUUUGAAGCUGAAAAGUUACAUUGAAGUCUAUUUUGAGAAACCUGAUGACUUCACCUUAUCUUUGGUUGAACUGGACUCGGAUGCAGUUGUGUGGAAAGCAAAACUCAGAGAAAGUGACUGGAUACAUUAUGAUCAGAACAAAAAUGAGCAAACAAGAGUUCCAAGCAGCGUCAAAAGGCGGAAAUCAACCAACAGCUUUUCUGAAGAAGAGAAACACUGUAGCAAAAAGCAAAGGUCUAACAGUUAUACAGAUGGAAUUAAAAGCAGAAGCUUGCUAACUGAUCGACAGCUGAUGGUAAUUGCAAAGUUGUUUGGCGUGGAGUGGAAAGAAAUUGCCAUUGAAUGUCUUCAGAUGGAAAUGAAAGACAUUCAGCAGAUUCAAGCAAACGAAGAGGCAGUCAAUAUCCAGAAAUUUCUGAUGUUAAGCAAGUGGAGAGAAAGAGAGCAAAGCAAUGGAACUGCACAAGCCUUGUGCAAUAGGCUCCGUGAAAAAGUGUCGUAUGAAAUAGUGCAGGCACUAGAAGGCUUUUUGGCUGAGUGAUGAGUUGGAGAAGCUGAUGAGAAGCUCAGGAACUUUCCCCACCCAAAUGGUUAAACUUUUCAAGCUAUUUUCCUGGGAUUUCAUUGUGAUGAAGAUCCAAAUCGUAAUCAGUCAGCGGAAAGUUUAGAGUGUCUUCAAAAGAAAUGUGAAUGAAAUUUUGCACCUAUGUAAGUGUAAGUAGCAUUUUGGGAAUCAUUACUCACACGUUUGGAUACCAGUCAUUGCAGCUGGAUGGAAGUGCCAGGCUUGAUGUGCCCAAAACUGAAAGCUGCCACUGAAUCUUGUCGUGUUUGAGCCAGUCGUAAAAGACAACGAGCACUGGGAGAAAUGGGUUUACCUUUGCCAGGUAUAUGACUGUUAUCUUGAAACAUUUUUAUUUGAAUCAGGGAAAGACAAGGGAGAAAAGUUGUAUCAAAACUUUCAUCCCCUUAAAAUAAUGAAACUCACAAUCAUGAGGUACAUUGUAUUGCUCAGAGGUGCCUAGGAUCAGGGACAAACUCCUUCACUUCCUUUGCAGAAUCACUGUUUAUACACAACCACUGUACGUAUCCCCAUGCACUCAUGUUGAGCUGUGGUUCUGUUUUCUUAAACCCGAAGACCACUUUCACAGUAGCACCAUUAAGAACUGCAGGCAGCUUUGAAUCUUCUGUGGGAUUUUCUUCUCUCUGUACAGUCUGUCUCAAUUUUUAUGAGAUUUUUUUUUAUGUUGUAUGAUCUUUUUUUUUUUGUACUAUGAACUUUUUAUACUUUUUUUACGUGAUUCAUUUUAACUUGAAUAUAAGGGGGGGCUUAAGCUAAAAUAGAGAAAAUCAGAGUCUCCAAGAUGGCUGUUAUCCUGAGGGCAGGACCUGUUGCACACAGUUGUGAAAGGUAUGAAAAUAAUGUUACUUGCUAAACAGAAUGAUGGCCAGACAGUGUCCUGUUUGCAGACGUGAUUCUUUUCAUCAUCUCCUGCUGUGUAUGUUUAUGGAAAAACAAACAAACAAACAUACUUUUAAAUAUAAGGAUUAAAAAGAGAACAUUUUGGCUA